CAUUCUAUAAAAACAAAACCUUGCUGAUCCUCACACCAACCAAAAAAAACAACAACCCACAUUCCGAAUUGACCCCCUUCUCCAACCCCAAUUCCCAAAAUUUCUGUUUUUACAGUUUCAUAGGGUGGGUUGGAGAUUUUUCGUUAAAAGAGAAAAUCAACAACAAAAAAGGAGAGAAUUUUAGGUAUUUGUGAGGGAGGGGUUUAAAAAACCCAAAAGGGUAUCGAAGAAUUGUAGACAUCAUCACGGCUAUUCAAAGGGUUCCACGGUUUCUGUCUCAUGCCCGUUGUGUACGACGCAAGGGUUGUGUGAUUGAGACCAACCCUUCGCCGCACGGCGGGCGAGGUGCUUUGCCUUCUGAAGGUGGUAGUCCCUCUGACCUUCUUUUCCUUGCUGGCGGUGGUUCUCCAAGAGUUUAGGGUUUAGACUUUAGGAUUUAGAAUUAAAGUUUAUUAUUUAAUUUCUGUUUAAGAUCUAAUUCUUCAAAAACAAAAAAAAAACAAAAAAAUUCUUCUAGCUUUUGUUGUUGUUGUUGUUUUUGGAUUUCGUGAGAGGUUUAUCAACAGAGAGAAAAAAGAUGUUGAGUAUUAAGAGGGUUCCUACUGUGGUUUCCAAUUAUCAAAAAGAUGAGGAUGCUCCUGUUAGUGGUUGUGGUAGAAAUUGUCUCAAGAGUUGUUGCAUUCAAGAGGCGAAGCUCCCUUUGUAUGGUUUCAAAAAGGGUGACAAUGUUGAGGGAAAGGACUUGUCUCUCAUUGCAUGUAAGGAAGGCCCUGUGGCUUUUUUGGACUCAAUUAUUCUUGGACAGUGGGAGGAUCGCAUGCAGAGAGGUCUUUUCCGUUACGAUGUUACUACCUGUGAAACCAAGGUGAUUCCUGGCAAGUACGGUUUCAUUGCUCAGUUGAACGAGGGUCGUCACCUCAAGAAGAGGCCAACUGAGUUCCGAGUUGACAAGGUUCUCCAGCCGUUUGAUGAAACAAAAUUCAACUUCACUAAAGUUGGACAAGAAGAGAUCCUGUUUCAAUUUGAGGCUAGCAGUGAUGGGGAACCUCAAUUCUUUCCCAAUGCGCCUAUUGAUGUUGAAAAUUCUCCUAGUUUUGUUGCCAUCAAUGUUAGUCCUAUUGAAUAUGGGCACGUGUUGCUGAUUCCUCGAAUUUUCGAGUGUUUGCCCCAAAGGAUAGAUCGUGCGAGCUUCAUGCUUGCACUUCACAUGGCAGCUGAUGCAGGAAAUCCAUAUUUUCGAUUGGGCUACAAUAGCUUGGGGGCAUUUGCUACUAUUAACCAUCUUCACUUCCAGGCGUAUUAUUUGUCCAUGCCUUUUCCAAUUGAGAAGGCUGCUACUAAGAAAAUCGCCAAAUUGAAUGGUGAUGUGAAAAUAUCUGAAUUGUUGAACUAUCCAGUCAGAGGUCUCGUCUUUGAGAGUGGUACUGGUCAUGCUCUUGACGAUUUAGCAAACACUGUUUCUGAAGCCUGUAUCUGCCUUCAACACAACAACAUACCUUACAAUGUACUUAUUUCUGACUGCGGACGCCGAGUUUUUCUCUUACCACAGUGCUAUGCAGAGAAACAAGCUCUUGGAGAAGUGAGUGCCGAGCUUCUGGACACGCAAGUUAAUCCGGCCGUGUGGGAAAUUAGCGGACACAUGGUGUUAAAGAGGAAGAAGGACUUUGAUGAGGCGUCUGAAUCCAAUGCUUGGAGGCUUCUUGCUGAGGUUUCUCUCUCUGAAGAGAGGUUUGAAGAAGUCAACACUCUAAUUUUUCAAGCCAUUACAUCUGAUAAGAUUGAUAUCAUGACACCGACGCCGCAAUGUCCCAAGGAAGUUGAGGAAGCUGAUGCAGUUAGCUCAAGCACUCAACCUGCUAUUGUUGCUGGUUCACAUGAAUGCCUUGUUCUUCAGUAGAAACUAACAAGGCUAUGAUGAAUAAAAUAAAAUCUUAGUGCUUUUAAUAUAAUGUGGUUCUGCUAUAAAUUUCAAGUCUGAAGUAUAACUAUUAUGAUUGCUUCAUGAACUUGAUAGAAUAAGUGGUUUGUAUUUGAUAUCUACUUAAUGCUUGAUUAUGUUUCAUAGUUCAUUGAAAAAUAUAUUUGUAAUAAUUGCUCUUUCGACUGGAUAGAUAUUUGUAGAUUUAUUA